AUGGCUUCCAUGCUUUCUUUCACUCGUCAAAACUUCGAAACUUGGUAUGGAGUAUCCUUCAAAACCAUCGCUGGAGAAUCACGGUCCGUCACUGAGGAAAUAACAGCGCCAUGGUCGGAGACAACAUUACCAACCAUUCUCUCCCGCUAUCCUCUGGAAGACAUUUUUAACGCCGACGAAUUUGGGCUUUUCUUUCAAUGCCUUCCCAAUAAAACUUUGCAUAUGAAAGGUGAUAAGUGUUCUGGAGGAAAACACAGCAAAGUUAGACUUACUGGUUUAGCUGCUGGUAAUGCCUUGGGGGAACGAUUGCCAAUGUUUGUAAUCGGCAAGUCCGCCAACCCUCGUUGCUUUAAAGGUGUCAAAACACUACCCUGUCGAUACCGUUCGCAAAAGAAGAGUUGGAUGUCUGGAGAGCUGUUCGAAGAGUGGGUACGCGAGCUUGAUCGAAAAUUCUCUGUCUCUAAGCGAAAAAUUGCUUUGAUUAUUGACAAUUGUACCGCACAUCCUCAUGUUGAAAACCUGGAAUGGGUAAAAUUGAUCUUUCUUCCUCCAAAUACCACGUCCCGAACCCAACCUAUGGACCAAGGAAUUAUCCGCGCCCUGAAAGCAAAAUAUCGAUCGCUAGCAGUGCGGAAAUUGAUAAAAGCCUUGGACGAGGAAAAAUUGACUCCGAAGUUCUCGAUUCUUGCAGCUAUGUACAUGCUAAGGAAAGCAUGGGAUGAUGUUUCCAACAAAACAUUCACCAAUUGCUUUCGAAAAUCAGGAAUUUCCCAAAAGGAUGCAGAAAGAGCGAUCAACGAAAAUGACGACCCUUUUAAAAGUUUAACCAGCGAAACUGCUGACAUCAUUGCUGAGAUCACUGGGACUCAAGACGAAGAAUUAGAAGAGGUCGACGAAGAAGACAAGGAGGAAGAAGAUAAGAUCACAAGACCGACGGCCGAGCAAGUGCGUACAGCUAUCAACGUCCUCGAAGACUUGAGUAUUUUUUCACAUUUUGGAGAAGAAAUGAUAGCUUCCCUGAGGGACUUGAAUCGUAAUAUCGCCAAAGAUUUUGAUAUGAGUUGUAAGCAAACAGUUAUCACCGACUUCUUUUCUAAAUAA